UCCUCGACUCAGUGUGAGAGCGCGCGUGCGUGUGUUUGUGUGUGAGAUAAAUAGAGUAGGAGACAGCGCGCUUGUGAGAAAACCGGAGCGGUGUGUAUAGAGGAAGGGACGGGGGAAGCGUGAUGUCGUCGAGGAGCACGAGCCUGUGGAUUAAUGUGGUUAUUCUCGUCGUUAGCGUUAUUAUCGGCACGGCGGAGGUGAGCGCGAGGCGGCAGGACGAGUCGGUGCUGGUGGAGAGUGUGAGCCGCGCGCGCUGCGCCUCCCGCUGCCUCAGCCUGCACCUCACGCGCAUUUCAGCUCUCUUUAAACACUCUCAGGGAAACGGAUCUCUGGUUUGGUGUCAGAGCCAUAAGCAGUGUUCUAAGUGUCUGGAGCCCUGCAAAGCAUCAUGGGAUCUCAGAGAGAGCGAGUGUCAGGAUUUGUGUGAGACCGUCUUCCCAAAUAAACAGUCAGAGUGUGUGGUAAGCUGUGAGUUUUUCCUCUCGGUGGAGUCAGUGAAGCAAGGGGCGUGUCCAGCUCCGGAUCGAGCGAGUGGAUUUGCUGCCGCGUGUGUGGAGAGUUGUGAGAGCGACGUCCACUGCUCCGCCCACAAGAAGUGCUGCUCGAACGGCUGCGGACGUACCUGUCAGACGCCCAGGAACGUUUAUAAAGGUGUUCCUCUGAAACCCAGGAGUGAACUGACGUUUCUGGAGUUGUCAUCCGGUCACCUGGAAGUCCGCUGGUCUUCAAAAUUUAACAUUUCGGUGGAGCCGGUGGUUUACGUUGUGCAGCAGCGCUGGAAUUACGGCAUCCACCCGAGCGAAGACGACGCGACGCCAUGGCAGGACGUGGCACAGGUCACAGAGGAGUGUGUUGUGUUGGAGGAGAUCAGAGCCACUCGCUGGUACCAGUUCCGUGUAGCGGCGGUGAACAUACACGGUACUCGAGGGUUCACGGCGCCAAGCAAACACUUCCACUCCUCCAGAGAUCCGUCUCCUCCUCCACGCCCGUCCGGACUCAAGAUGUCCAACCUCACAGUGGACGGGGGCGGUUCGGUGACAGUACGAUUGGAAUGGACCCUCCCUAAAGAGCCGGACGUCCCCAUCCAUCAUUACAAAAUCUCCUGGAGCUGGAGCGCUGCAGGAAAAACCACCAUUCCCUCCAAAAAGAAGAGGAGAAAGACCAUCGAUGGGGUGAAGAGCUCAGUGAAUCUGGAAGGUCUCACAGUAAACAGCUCCUACACGGUGGAGCUCCAGGCCGUGGCUCUGUGGGGUUCAGCGAGACUGAAAAGCCCUAAAACUGCUCUUCAGUUCAGUACAGCUCGAGAGAACCAGCACACGAAGCUCACAGGGAAGCUGAAGCACGUGUUUCCUGCACCGUCGCUGAAAUCAGCAAGUUCUCUGGAGGCAGGAACGCCGUUCUACCAGGACACACAGCUGCAGGUUCGAGUUUACUGGAAGAAGAGAGGAGAUCCCAUGUCAAGCCACUUCCAUGUCCAGUGGACACCUGAACUCUGCCUCCACAAUCAGACCAAAGCCCCGGAGAAAUCCGUCACACAUGAGAAUUUCAUCCAUCUCUCCAGGCUGCUAUUCUCCUGUCAGUACAGAGUAACUGUUCACACACUCAGAGCGAAAAAACACUCUGAACUCGGCACCGUCACCUUCACCACUCCAUCCUGUCCUGACGUCCGGAGCAAAAGUCACAAAUCCAUCGUUUGUCCAGGAGAAGAUGUAGCCGUGAAAGUGUCGGCCAAACCCGAGAACCUAACGGCGUCCUUCACGGCUAACAGGGAAAACAUCACUGGACACUUCUUCUGGCGUGUCUCCCACCCUCAGCCUCAUCAACCAAUCACGGGCUUCCAGGUCACCUGGGCAGACGUAACGGUGGUGAACCGGGAGAACAGCAUUCCAAACAGCAUCGUCUCCCAAUCACAGAUCCUCCCUCCAGGUCAUAAUUUCCUGGAGGUGCCAAACCUCAGGCCCAUGUCCUCCUAUAGAUUAGAGGUGCAGGUCAUCACCAGUGUAGGAGAAGGACCUGCUACCAUGAAGGUUUUCCACACCCCCAGUGUUUCCUCAGCUAACAAGCUUAAACUUCAUCAGCACUCAGGACACCAGAAACGCUUGUCAGAGAAGCACUGAGAGCAGAACACCUUGAGAUCUUCAGAACGCUUCAGCGUCUUACAGACAAACUCUUGGACUAAUUCCACCAAUGAAGAACUACUUCUGGGUUUGGUUCUGGACUGGUUCUCCUGCUGAAAUGUAAUCUUUGCUGGGAGAUCUUCUGACGAGCCUGAAUUGGUUCUCCGGGUAAAACUGGUUCUGAUGUGGUUUUCCUGCUAUAGUUGGAUCUGGACUAGCAUUUGGCAGUAGGAGAUCUGGAGCAGUUCUCCUGGUAAGGCUGAACUUGUUAUGACAUGGUCCAUCAGAUCUGGACUAGUUCUGCCAAAGGAACACCUGGAUCUGGUCUGGUUCUCCUUCUAAACAUAGAUCAGACCUGCUUUGUUUUCUGUACUGUGUAAACUGUCAGAACCGGUACCAGAGCAGUUCUCCUAAAGAUGUGAACUGUGGACUGGUUCUCUUUCUGACACCACUGAUUCUGCACUGUUCUUCUGCCUACAAACGUACAGACUGGUUCUGCUCGUGAAACUGGUUCCAUGUCUGCAGCCAGAACCCGGUUCUGAAAGGUACUAGACUACUCAUAAAAUAAAAUAAAUAUGUUGUUUUAAAGUGAAAUUAAAUAUUUUUCUACUUCAGAGCCAUGUUGAGGUGUUGAACAGAUGAAUGUAUCUUCAGAAAUGUGGAAUUUUACAGCUUUUGACUGGAUAAUAUUCAAAACUGAACAAAAGAACAUCUCUAGAAUUUCUCUGAUUUUAAAAGUCCCGUUAGCGCUGAAGGCAUGUCCGGUGUUGUCCUUUACUGAAGUCAUUGUCCACUAACAGAUUAACGGAGAGCAGAUGUGAGCAGCGUUACUCACUGCAUAUAUUCUUUAUUAACUUUGGGAUUAAACUGUGUGUGUUCUCGCAGAACCUAUAUUGAUAUAUUGAUGACUAUAUCAGUAUUUAUUAUGUGUGUAUGUUUUGUGUGGUGUUUGUGUGUAUUGUAGGCUCGUUCUCUCAUUUUUUUCUGAAACUCACAGGUUCAGAGGUUUUGUAUAAAAUGAAAAGUGUUAAUAUGAUAUAUAUUUUUGUCAUUUAGACCUGUACAUAUUAUUCAGUAAUAAAACUAUACCUCAGUCCCUUUCACA